CGCCUGUGGUGAGCUCGCGCUUCUCAACACUCCAUCGCCUCUUAUUUUACCCAAAUAUCCUCUUCCCAUUUCAUUUUUCCUAUUCAAAACAAAAACCAAUAAAGAAAUUAAAGUACAUUAUGGCCUCUCUUCCAAUCGCAUUUUCUCCGGCCGCCGUACGGGUGUUCGCAGCCACGGCGGCGAAGGGCGCCGGCGAAAGCAAGAAGGAACAGGGCCUUCUUGAUUGGAUCAUCGGAAGCUUGAAUAAGGAUCAGCUUCUCGAAACCGACCCUGUUCUUCAAAAGGUCGAGGGCAAGGCCGCCGCCGGCAACGGCAGUGGCACCGUCCGUGGUGGCCGGAAGAAUUCCGUCCAAGUUCCUCCGAAGAAGAACGGCGGCGGCUUUGGUGGUCUCUUUGCCAAGAAAGACUGACAGUAGCGGCGGCGAUGUCAUUUCACUCAUAUAUAAUUUCUUUGUAUUGAAAAAACUUUUGCAAUUUCAGGCCAUUGUCUUUGUUGCCUCUCUGUUGCUCUCUGAUUGAUUAUUCUUCAAUACUAUCGUUACAUUAUUAAUUAUGGUUGAUAA